UUCAUCCGCUGCCGAUUGCUGGCACUGCUGGCGGACGUGCACGCACUACAUAUGGCUGCCAGUCGUUGGUUGGUAAUGUAAAGUACAGAGUACUGCGUUAGCGUGUGUUUUCUUGCGGUAUACAGAACACAUUCAAGACACUUGGAUUUCGAAACAGAUUCUGUCUGUCAGCAGCGCUAAUUUUUUGCGCAUAGUUGGCACGGGUGUUCUCAUGGGAUCCCUUUCAUUUCUAGCACCUGCAAUUUCAUCAUUGCGUUUUCGCGAGUGUUCUGCAUAGUUGUCGCCAGCCGUAGACGUCUGGAUUAUACACACCGCUCCUCUGUUGGUUCUCUAAACCACAUGUCAGAUUGAUGCCAAGACUUGACUCGCCAGUUAUUUUAGUCCUGCUGAAGAAGCUCCCCUGCUUGAGGUGUUAGGAUGUAAAUGUCACCCCAACAUCUGAUUUCUGGUCAGCUGUUAAACUUCCUGGUAAAGAUGGAUGGGCUUCUUCAACGCCAGUUGGCCAGAUGGCACCGGAGGGAUGCUCAAGAGCUGCCCAUGUCAGACCUUCGAAAAAUGCUUCAAGAAGGGAUUGCUGUAGAUGGCGACGUCAUUCGGUAUACGGGUGCUCUGGAAGCUGGUCGUCCUGGCUUGUACGUAGUCUCCGAAGCUAUGAGUCCUGAAAGGUGUGCCUUUGACGUUGAGCUCCUGUCCCUUGGAGCCUCUGGGGAUCUUGUGGUUGGUCUGGUCCUCGGUUCAUCCUCUCCGCGCAGUCCAACAAUCUUUGCCACGGCCUGCUAUGUCUCAAAAGGAAGGCUAUGUCUCGGGGAUCCCCGUGGAGGCAUCGACCCCGGGGGUGGUGUCGGAAAUCAAUGUGCUGUGGGGGACCAGGUGGGCGUGCGGGUGCUCUUCCGCGAGGCAACCAGGGUUGACAAUCAUCGCACAAUCUUGCCAGUCUUCUUCACGCAUAACGGGAAACCUGUGGGACGGCGUUCUGUAUUGGUGGGGGGAGGUGGUCUCCUCCCGGCAGUUGGACUGGGCUCCCCGGGCCAGGCGGUGCGCCUAGCGGGACUGCCACACGCCACCUCUUCGGAGGACGUUUUAAUGUGCGUCGAUAGCCACGAGGACGAAUGGCUCAGGCUGCGCGACAUCCGCCUCAAUGGGCCUAUUCUGGAAUACACCGGGAAAGGCGUAAACAUGGACGACGUCGGGCAGGCUCAGGCGAAGCAUCCUCUCGAUACUACGUCUCACUAUUUUGAAAUUGAGAUUCUCGAUCCUGGGGAGAACUGUUACAUCGCCAUUGGUGUGGCAACAAGGAAUUAUCCCCAGCAUCGCCAUCCAGGCUGGAACGAAGGCUCGGUUGCAUACCAUGCGGAUGAUGGUAAAAUUUUUGAAGGCAGUGGUGUGGGCUCUCCCUUUGGUCCCAGAUGCGAGAAAGGUGACGUGAUGGGAUGUGGAAUCCUGUUUCCACGUGACUACGUGGAGGAGCCCAGAAGAGACAGCUGCGGCAGCAGCCCACGCUCUUCUUUGUGCAACGAUUUGGACGACGAUGACAGCGAUUCUGACAACUGGUGGCAUGCAGACAAUGACGAAGACGACGAGGAUGAAGAAUCGGGUGUCCUGGUGCAGGUCUUCUUCACACGUAAUGGUACCACCAUUGGGAAGCGCGAAGUGCCUUUGCCCCGUGGAGGGCUGUACCCCACUGUGGGAAUGCUCAGCUGUCGCGAGAAGGUGCGUGUUGACCUGCACCCUCUCACCGGGUAAAUAUCCGGAGUGAUGAUCAAGCUCGCUUAUUGUGCAAAGGGACACGAUUGCUAUCGUCGACAACGCUGGUGAUAUGUUCUUGACGAGAACUUCGUUGCUGAAAGAUGUUGCUAGUUGCUGCUGCUGCUGCUGCCAUGUUUUAUGCUGAAGAGGUCGGAAGAAAAUAUUUUUAUUGUGCAUCGGACAGCGAGGCUUUGUUUGCGUAGAACGCACAAGUGGAUCUUCGUCGUGCUCUUCGAUUAGUCCAACGUGUGACCUUGGAAAUCGUCGUAGACUCUUUACUCCAUACCCCGCAGGUGUUCCGGAGCAUACCUGCUGUUCCUGGAACAACUGGGUUUCUUUAUAACAGAGUAGGGUGCCAAAAAAAAAAGAAAGAAAAGCCCACUGGGUCGUGAGGGCCCGUUUGAUGCACUAUAUUUUCCACACUAGGCUACAUUUUUUCGCUAGUAACGAAAAUUACAACUGCAUUUGAAAUUGUAGGACGAAACUGUGCAUAAUGUUCGGCAUACUUUACUUCUUCCCCUUGCGUAGUUCUUCUAGAGCGUCGUAUACCCUCCGUACUGCAGCGAGAUUUUGUUUUUUGCGUGCUGCAGUUAUACGAGGGCAAACAGCGUGUCUGAGUAGCCCCAGAUGCUUGAAUCAAGAAUAUUGUCGUCCAGAAACAUCAGAUUCAUUGUUGUUUGGGGUGCAGGAAGAAAGAGGACGGUAAAACAAUGUCGGACAUUGCACGUAUAGUAGAGAACUGUUGACGUACGAAGUGUGAUAACACGGAUGGCAUGAAAUUAUCGAUAUUGAUUGAUUGAAAUUAUUGAUUAUCGAGGCCUCAAGUCAUUCAUAAGUGUCUCGUCACUCCGGUGUGUUAAAUAGUUGAGAUAUGCUACCAAUGCACUGUCUUUUUAUUUAUUUUUUUGAAGGUGGGUUAGGUUUAGCACAAAAAUUGCAAGUCACUGACAAAAUUUCUAAAAUCCAUGCUCUAGAAACAUCCGUGUGAAGCAAUUUGUAGAACACAUUUUUAAAUUUGAACUCUUAGUUUCAUUCAUUCAAUAGUUAACGCAUUGGGAGAAGGAGCACUCUCGAUUUUGUUCCUCAUUCCUAUGCAUACUUUAGGUUUAGUACUUGGCUAGUAUUGUAUAUGAUAUUUUCGACUGACAAAUGAGGGUUCGCGUACAGUUAAGCUACAUUAUUUGUCACAGAGCUUAUAGAUUUUCAAAAUUGGCACUUGAACACAUUUAGAGCUCAGGAAUGCUACGCGCACCAUCAUGUUUGAAAAGAACGAGCCUUACUUUUUUUGCAAUUCAUGCAAAUUCUGAAGUGUCCGCAGCAGCAUUCAAUAUCUUACGUAUUGGGUGUAGGGAAGUAUUGAGCAACACCUAGGGAAGCAAAUGUCACCAUUUGUUUCCCCAGGCGUUCCAUUUCCCCCCGUCCAUGAUGGAACUUCUAAACCAUGCUGAUCCUUCUUGUAUUGCGUUUGUUACACUUUUUGACAGCGGCCCUGCCCAGAAGCGUAUUGUAUUGUGCUAACAACAAACGCAUAAUGAUUUUGAUCAUUCUGAACUCCAAAGCUCCCAUAAUACUUCUACAGUCAUUGCUUGUGUUUAAUACAUUACUCUGGUCAUCCAUGUUUGAAGUGAAAACUCAUACAGCUUAACAUAAAAAAUGUAAGCGUAACUCUAACUCCCAGUAUCGUUUAAAUUUUUGCUGAAUCACACUCCUGAUGCAAACCGACCAGAACACUUCAGGAAGUGAUUUAGAACCGCAUAGGCAACCAUGUUAAAACAGAUAGUGUGAACUAACAAUACCACAUGAGGGCAGCACAAGCACUUCAAAUCUUUUUAUGGAGGAGCACAAGGAACACAAAGGAUGCAACAUGGUUCAGGAAAACGUCAAUUUGUGCAGUGCAUGUUCAAGCGCUUAUUCUAGCACACAUGCUUUUUGUGAAAUACCUUAAUUUCAUGGGAUGAGACCAAGUUCUGUGCAAGUACUGACACUAUGCCCUAUUUUGAGCAUAAACAGGAUAGAUUCCUAACAUAACGUUUUCGUUGCAAAGAGACACCAACACCUUGUGCUUUCCAACUUGAGUGAAUUUGUGACCUAUAAAAGCUUCAUGUGUAACAGCCAGACGUACAUCAAGGGCGUGAAGUGUUUUCUAGUCACUGCGUGAGACUAAAUGGGUAGAUAUUGUACAGAGCAUUUAAAGUUUGUUGGCAAAUAAAUUUGUUAAUUUUUGAAA